GACCUCGGCUUCGAAUAGCUUCACCGUAUAUUUUUUUAAUUUGUUUUGUGCUGCGUCAAUUGCUAUUUGUACAACAAAUCACAACAUCAAUUCGUUUUCACGCAUUGCGCUUUAUUGUCUCUGAGACUACGGGGAAAGGGAAAUGUCCUCCUCAUCCACUCCUUCCAUUACAACAUCUCUCCACAGCACUCUCCUCCACAUCUCACAAAACCCAUAUCCAUAUGUACCCAAUCCACCGAAUUGCCUUCGGCGCGCUUCGGUAGCUCUGAUAUUACGUAUUCGUCCUUCACGCAGUGAUCUUCCUCCUACCACUCCCCAAGUCUUCCCAUACCCAGAACCUCCCACUGGCGAGCGACUCGCGAAUUUCUUCGAGCAAUCAUGGGUGAAGAAUGGUGAUCCGGAAUUAUUAUUUAUAAAACGCGCAGCGAGAGUAGGGGACAGAUGGACGAGCCAUGUCGCGUUUCCAGGAGGGAAGAGAGAUCCCGGAGAUGCGAGCGACAAAGAUGUUGCCAUGAGAGAAACAAGUGAGGAAAUUGGGUUGGAUUUAAGAGGAGAAAGAUGUAUUUAUGUUGGUAAUCUGCCUGAGAGGGUGGUAUCUACCAGUUGGGGAUCAGUGCCGUAAGUCUCCUUUUACAAAUUCUCUCAGUUUUCAAUAACAAGGAAGAAAUCUUGAAAGGCAAUCGCUGAUGCUAGCUUCAAAAUAGGAUAAUGGUAUUGUGUCCAUUCCUCUUCAUCUGGAUAUCUCCCUCGUUCCCACCACUUCAACUACAACCUGCUGAAAUAGCAUCAACGCAUUUCGUUCCCCUACGAGUUCUCUUGUCGCCUUCAGUCCGCACAUACGAAUACGUUAAUGUAUCCGAUCGAUUCGCCAAGCAAGGUGGAGUAGUAAUGAAAACUUUAUUGAAACCAGUAAUAGGAAAGAUGAGGUUUUCAGCCAUCCGAUUACGACCAACCGAAUCAUUAUACUGCAGCACAACGAAAGAGUAUUUCUCCGAGGAAGCGCAACCUAGGAAAAGCCUAUUUGGAAGAGCUUAUAGUUGGUUAAAAGGAGGCGAGAAAGCACAGAGUGAUAGACCGUUGUUACUUUGGGGUUUAACACUGGGCAUGGUAGCUGAUUUUCUUGAUCAACUACCACCACACGAUUCGGUCGAGUUGUGGGAAUACCCUACUUUUACUUCCCCAGAUAUACGGAUCAUAAUAAACAUACUUACACGAAAUAUUAAAAAACGAAAUGCAGAACGGUUACGCGGCAGUGCGCAUGAUGGGACCGGAAACCAAACCGCGAUGGAUGGGGAAACGACAGCCGUUACAAUGCAAGAGAGUGGAGGGCCUAUAACUAGGAAGAACAAAACGAAAGAACAUGCGGAAGGCGUUAUGUUAGAAGGAUAUUACGAUGCUAUGAAGAAAGGGAUUUGGAUAGCUGCUAGCAUCAGAUUCAUGUCAACGCUGGCGUUGAUUUUGUGGAUAGUUAGGUGGUAUAGAUUCAGGAGUAACAGGGGUAAAUAAUGAUGAAUGGACUUAUGAUGAUGAAGAGCCAUAUCCAAAAGUUUAAUAUACAGUUUUUGGAGGAAGAGCUAUGCUCUCGGGGAAGUGUCUAUAUUUGGUCGGUCUCACGUGGCGUCUAUACUUUCAUGGGUAAUUAUAUUUUGGAUUGAUGGAGAGCGGGUGUAUAUGCAACCAACCUUAAAGUUCGCCCAAUUACGUCGGUAGAUAUGAUUUAAAAAAAAGGGGUUUUGGGAUGUAUUUUCCAGAACAUAAUGGAUCGGAUCAUUUUUCAUGUUGGC